UCAUAUUAAAAAAUCAUUAAUUAUAUGUGUAAACAAAUUAGAAAAUAUACCAGAAAGUGAAAAAGAUUGGCAUCCUGGUACAAAUAAACAAAUAUUAGAUUUAGUUCAUCCAUCAUUAUUUUGUUUUAUUAAUCAAGUUACAAGAAUUAUUGAUGAUAAAAAUGUUGUUAUUAAUGUAGAUAAUGCUUUAGAGCAUAUUAGUGAUGGUAAAAUUAUUAAUAUCAAUCCUAUAGAUUUAUCAUCAGAGAAUAAACGAAGGAGACCAGCAUCUAAUUAUACUCGAUCAAAUGUAUAUCAAUGGCUACCAGCUGAAUUUAAUGUUUCAAAAGAUGGUAAAGUUACAAUUGAAUCAUAUAUUAAUAAUUUACAUCCAAUUGAUAAUAAAGAACUCUAUAGAAUCAUUGAACAAAUAUUUGAACAAUUUAUACCUCUAUUUAAUAAAGUUUUAACCGAUUUAAUUCAUUAUCAAAAUAAAUCGAAUCGAAUCUCUGUAGAUCCUUUCCGAUGGUAUGACGAUUCAAACUCAGUUGAUUCUGAAGACGAUGAUGAUAAUGAUGAUGAUGAUGAUCGUGAUACUAGACCAAUUACUAUACCUGAUGUCGGAGAAUUUGAGAUAACAUCGUCAACACCACCAGUAACAGAAGUUAUUGAUUUAUGUGGAAGAAAAUUACAAGUUAUUGUUAAAUUAGCUAAUAUUGAAUUGACACCAGAAAAUCCGAAAUAUUCUGGUGGUGUUUGGCAUGUUGAAGGAAUGAAAAAUGAACAAAUUGUUUCAACAGGUAUUUAUUAUUAUUUUAAUUCAAAUAUAACAGAAUCAAAUUUAGAAUUUCGAACCGUUAUACGUGAACCAAAGUAUGAACAAAAUGAUAAUCGUGGUGUAGAAACUGUUUAUGGUUUAAAUGAUGAACAACCCUUAAAUCAACCGUUAGGUGAAUUAAUUACUCAAGAAAAUCGUUGUAUUGUAUUUCCAAAUAUUUAUCAACAUCGUAUUGCACCAUUUCAAUUGAAAGAUUUAACUAAAUCAGGUCAACGUAAAAUUUUAGUACUUUUCUUGGUUGAUCCAUCUGUUCGUAUAUUAUCUACUUCCAAUGUUCCACCACAACAAUCUCACUGGCUUGUAAAUAUUAUACGUUCUAUGCCUCCAUUUAAUGAAUUACCAUUGGUAGUUGUGGAUAAAAUAAUGAAUUAUGUUGAUUUUCCAAUGAAUAUGAAUCAAGCUAAACAACAUCGUGAGAAACUAAUGGAUGAAAGAAAAUAUUUUAUUUCAAAAAAUAAUGAGUUACUCUUUGAAAGACCAUUUUCGUUAUGUGAACAUUGA